AUGCACCACGAACCCAAAGUCAACAAUGCAGACACCUACCCAGAGGGCGGCCUCCGCGCCAACCUAGUCGUAGCCGGCAGCUUCAGCUCCAUCAUGGGCGGACUAGGCUUGAUGAAUAGCAUCGGUAUCUACCAAGCGUGGAUCUCAACACACCAGCUCGCCUCCCUGAGCUCAGGGCAAAUCGGGUGGAUUUUCGGAAUAUACAACUUCCUCGUGUUCUUUUGCGGUAUCCAAAUUGGCCCGGUUUUCGACGCCCGAGGUCCUCGACUGUUAAUGUUUAUCGGUACGGCAUUGUUGAUACUUACCUUUGUCCUCAUGGGCUUUUGUACGCUGUACUGGCACUUUCUUGUUGUCAUCGGGAUUCUAGGCGGGAUGGGAACGAGUUUCAUUUUCAUUGUCCCCGUGGCGAGUAUCGGCCAUUUCUUCUGUCGGCGACGUGGUGCAGCCACGGGCCUGGCUUUGUCGGGUGGGAGUAUUGGGGGUGUGAUCUUUCCUCUUGUGCUUGAGACCAUGGCUCCGCGAAUUGGAUUUGCGUGGUCCACCAGGAUCAUUGGGCUGAUUACGCUGUUUCUGCUUGUGCCGGGUGUCCUGCUCGUCCGUGCGAAUCUCCCGCCCAAGGCGCCGUCGCCUGCGUCGCCUAAGGCCUUUUUGCCUGAUUUGUCGAUUCUCAGAGACCCCGUUCUGGCACUCACGACGCUGGGUGUCUUCUUUAUUGAGUGGGGGUUCUUUAUUCCGCUCGAGUAUAUCGCCUCGUAUUCCCUUGCCACGGGCAUUGAUCGUCGCACGUCGUAUCUCAUGGUUGUAUUCCUUAAUGCGGGCUCGUUUCCCGGGAGGUGGCUGCCGGGUGUUCUUGCGGAUAAGAUUGGGAGGUUCAAUACCCUGCUCUUGACGAAUAUCCUCUGUGUGGUCUCGGUGUUCGCUAUCUGGAUGCCGGCGGACGGAAAUAUCGUUGUGGUUAUCAUUUUCUCAGUCGUGUUUGGAUUUGCAAGCGGGAGCAACAUCAGUCUCGUGCCUGUUUGCGUCGGAGAGCUUUGUCCAGUCCAAAAUUAUGGCCGUUAUUACACCACGGUGUAUACCAUUGUGAGCUUUGGUGCUUUGACAGGUGUGCCAAUUGCGGGUGAGAUUCUUCACCGUUGUGGAGGAGAGUAUUGGGGUCUCAUCGCAUUCGCGGGGAGUGCGUAUGCAGCUGGGAUUAUCUGCUUUUCGGCCGUCAUGUGGCUGCGGCGGCGAGGGGACUUGAAGCGAUGA